CAAACACUUUUUUACUUUUUCAUCUCUCGGAUCGUUCGGACGUGCUUCGCGGUAUCGUCUGUGUGAGUGAGUGAGUGUGCGUGAGCGGAGCGGCGAAAAGCACAGUUAAAUUGAAUCGAGUUGCAGCAGUAAUCUGUGGAUUCGGGCGAUACAAAAUAAUACAAUACGUUAUCUAUUUACAAACAAAUCGGAGUGGAUAAUAUUGUGCCGCACACGAGUGCUUAAAGCGGCGUUUCAGUGUGUUUGUGUGUCACUCUCUCUUUGAAAUAGUAAACAAAUUGCGAGUAAAGGGUUUACAGCAAAGCAAAGACAAACAAAAAAUAUUAAAAGAUAUAUAAAACAAGAAAAUAUAUAUUCUGCAGUGCGUGUAAAAUAUUUCGGAAAGGUCGCGGCAAAAGCAGCGGCGUCGACGUCAGCAGAGCGCGUGCUGCAAGUGUGUUGGUGAGGCGUAUAUACAUAUACAUACCAACGAAUAGGUGCACAUAAGGUGUACAUAAGCAGUGUAUUUAAUUAAGUGAAAUCCAUAUAGUUUUGUGUGCAUGCGAAAUUGGGAAAAUCGAAAGGAGGAGUUCCGCAGCAGCAACAGCAGUGCAGCGGCAGAGGCAGAGGCGCCACCGACUAACGGAUUUUCACACGCGGUUGAUCAACAUACAGAAUCACGACGACGCGACGAGCGAAAAUGGCCAAAAUGGAGGUCGACGACGUGGUCGACUUGAGUUUAGGGUCCGGCCGUGACCCGGCGUUGACCAUAACGCCGGCUCCGUCUCCGGCGGCACUGAGUAAUCGGGAUCUGCGUGCGCUGACGGCCAACAACACGGGUCUGACCAUCACUCCAUCUCCAUCGCCGGCGACUAAUAAUGGCACCACCACCACCGCCACCGCCACUACCAAUAGCAGUAACAUCAACUCCAAUAGCACCAGCACCACCAACAAUAGCAGUAACACCAAUAGCUCCAGCACAAACAACAACAACAACAAUAGCAUUAAUGCCAGUGAAGCGGGGGUCACAAGUGGAGCUACCAGUGCAUCCAUAGGUGGCGGUCAGGAUGAGAAUAAGGUUCAAAGGAGGGUUCUGCGACCCCGAACAGAACCCAAGUCCUAUGCCGAGGCACCGGACAUUGUGUUACUACCCGCACGCACCAAUGGACGUCAGCAGAAUGGAAAUAUAGAUUCGGAGACGGAUGAUGAGGAGAUGCCGCCGUAUGUGCCCAUCAAGGAGCUGAGUCAUGCGGAGCUCAAGGAGCGUGAAAAGAGUCUGAGGAAGCUGCGACAGGAUCUGCGCAAUGAGGAGACCAAACUGAUGCUGCUCAAGAAACUCAAGCAAUCGCAGCAGGUGAUGAAGGAGAAUCUGGUGGUGACACCGACCAGCGUUUCGCCCAACAAUCCACUGUCUGCAAUUCCCGCCGCCCUCACCUCGAAGGGAUCGCUCAGUGUGACGCCCACGUCGGCGGUACCGCUGCCCGCCCACAGCAAGGGCAGGAGCAGCUUAGGCGGCAGCGGCGGACCGGCAGUGAGCAUCAGCGCCACCAACAGUCGAACGGGAAGUUCGAGCUCAGCGGCGGCAGCUGCUUCAGCGAUUGCCGCUGCAGCGGCUGCCUUGAGCGGCCAACAUCGCAGCAGCAGCAACUCCAUACUGCCGCCGCCAAGGUCAUCGCUCCCAGCGGGCGCCACUUUAGCUGCCGGCACCACCAUCACGCCCGCCACCUCCUCAUCGCACCGCUCCAGCAAUUUGCCGCCGCGCACCAACCUGCCGAAUCUCACCAUCACGCCCUCGGUGACCAUCACGCCCACAUCGGCGCCGCCCUCCAGUCUGAAACCACGCAAUCCUAAUAUUUCGGAUAAUUCGAAGGUACCUGGGACCAUAAGCAAUUCUGUUUCCAUCACGCCGGCGCUACCACUGUCCCAAUCGCACCAGAAUCAGCACAACGAGCAGAAGAAUGACCGCUCCACGCCUAGAGAAGAUGCUCAGACCCCAGCUCAAAGACAGGCGGCAGCUAAAAUGGCCCUUCGCAAGCAGCUGGAAAAGACGCUGCUUCAGAUUCCCCCACCAAAGCCACCACCACCAGAGAUGCACUUUAUUCCCAAUCCCAGCAACACGGACUUUGUAUAUCUGCUUGGAUUGGAAACUGUGGUGGAUUAUCUGACCGUCAACAAGAAGGCCAAUGCUGUGGCAGCUCCUUUCCGUUGUGCCCAGUGCAAGAUUGAUUUUACGCCCGUGUGGAAGUGGGAGAAGCAGACCAACAAGGAUCCCAAGGUGAUUUGCGAACAGUGUGUCACCUCGAAUGUGAAGAAGGCUCUCAAGGCGGAGCACACCAACCGACUGAAACAGGCGUUUGUGAAGGCGCUGCAGCAGGAGCAGGAGAUCGAGCAGCGUCUGGCCAGCCAGAGCAGUCCCUCGCCAGUGGACACCCAUGGAUCGAGUGGCGGUGGCAACUCACUGUCCGUCUCAGCGGUCACCAGCAACUCCUCAUCGUCGCAUCUGCAAAGGGAACGGGAACUGCAGGCGACGCACGCUUCGGCGGCCGCUGCGCUGGUCAAUCUGCCGCCGUCGGUGACGGUGAUACCCACCAAAUGCCAGACGCCAACGCCAGCGACACCGCGUCCAACUCCGCCGCCACCCCAAAGUCAAGCCACACCACCGCCGUCGUCGGGAGGAUCGCGAUCCUCGCGAGCGGCUGCCACCGCCGCUGCUGCCGCCAUUGCCGCUCAGCAGGCGGGCAUCCUUAGCCCUGGGCCGACAGCAGCGCAUCACCAUGAGGCGUCCACCUCCUCCAGAUCUUCGCGCAACGAUCGCCUGGAUCAUCACCACCAGUCGCAGCAGCAACAGCAGCGAGAUCAGCGCGACAGGGAUCAGCAGCAGCGGGAUCAGCAGUCGCAACAGCAGGCCCAGAGCUAUGACAAAUACUCGGCGGCCACGCUGGCGGCGGCUGCUCAUCUGAGUGCCCUUGGCGGCAUGGGUGGAUUGAAUAUCAAUAGCCUGGCCAGUCUGGGCAACCUGGGCAAUCUGGGUAACCUCAGCCAGCUGGGAAAUCUGGCUGCCCUCGGGGGAUUGGGUAAUUUUGGAGGAGCGUCAACUGGUUCCUCCAAUCCGGCGGCUGGGCUGAGCGGUUCCUCGCCAGCUGCCACGGCGGCCGCCAUGCAGGCUUUCCAACAGCAGCUCUUUAGAGCUCUGGGACAAGGUCUUGGUGGCAAUCCGCAGCACAUGAUGCAGUUUGCUCCGCUUUUGUACUCUUACCAGAUGGCCAUGGCGCAGGCGGCACAAGUGGCAGCUUUUAACAACAACAAUAAGAAGAGCAGCUCGUCCUCCGGAUCGGCUAAGAAUUCAAGUAGCUCCAAUAGCAUGGCAGACGUUCAGCGGGCGGCGGAGCUGCAGCGCCAAUAUCUUCUGGAGAUGAUUCCGCCCCAGCAACAAAGCGGGCAAAGUGGCAGUCGCCAGAACAACUGGAAGGCCUAAAAGGCCGCCAUUAACAAUAGAUUACCAUUAACAUCAACGUAACACAAUAGAAGCAACAGCAGCAGCAGCAGUAACAACUAUUUUUAUGGUUUUCUUGAUUAGGUAAUUUUAUAUUUUACACAAAAACGGAAGAAACAAAAUCAAUUUAUAAGAAACCAACAUCAAAUAUACACGUAAAUAUUAAUUAUGCUACUUGUAAACAAUAAUUAUACAUAAUUAUACAAAACGGAAGAAGCAAAACAAAGCCGAUCUAAAUAUAAUUGUUAGUAGUUUCCUUUUUUUGUUACCACUGCAUUACAUAUUUUAAUUAAUUUGCAAGCCAGAAUAUAGCAGCCGAUAAAUGAAUGCAAACUUUUACGCUCCUAGUAAUUGAAUAUUAAAUAUUAAUAAUAUUGAAUCCUAGCCAGUAAGAAGAUUGCCCCGUUUUUCUAGGGGCACACACACCCUUCACCAUCCCCCACCCCCACUCCCUCGCCACAAACUUUUUUGUAAUUGUUAACCUUUUUUGGGAGCCCCAAUUAGGAUUGGUAAACCGUAUCGAUAAGAAGCGCGCUCCCCAUUUGGUCUUAUUCAACACUUUUGUCGUACAAUUCGUUUAGUUCUUAGCAUCGUGAAUAAAUCUAUAAAUAUAUAUAUUAUAUUUUUUAAUCAAUUUUAAGCAUAUGCAUAGUAUUAGUUGUAAAAAAAUUUUUUAGGGUAAAAUAAAUUACAGAAACAAUUACACAAAUUCUUGCAUUGCCAGCCACACACAACACAUAAUCCACGUUUCAUCGCCCACAAUACACAUCAUAAUCAUUUCCGAUAUCAAAUCCUCCACAUGCCUUAUCCAUGUUACAGCUCCGAUACGAAGUUAGUACUGUUAUUUAGUUGAGACCGCAAGGGAUCCAGCAACCAUAUAAUAUUGAUUGAUUUUGUUCAAAUUCAAUUGCAAAACGUACAUCGAAAACUCAAAGCUAAAAACCGUAUAAUAUUUUGUACAUAUAUAUGACAGAUGAGUUAUUCAUCUUCGGUAAACCGAAAUUAAUAUACUCUUCCCAUUAGAACAGAACAGAACUUCAGGUUUUCGAUCCUCCAUUGAAAGCGAGCUCUUCCCAAAACCGUGGGAGGAUGAGCAGACAUGAAAUAUAAUAUUGACUGAAUAUUAGCAUAUACACAGAGUAGUAUCUAGCAGAAGAAGCAGAGGCUUGCAUAAAUCCCUAAAACAUACGAGGUAAACGUAUAUAUUUUUGAUUUAUCGGACGGCAGUAGUAGGUUUACAUUCAGGCGAAUCAUUCGGAACACAAACCAAAUUCACUUUGGGCAUGCGAAAUCAAAAUGUGAUCAAAAAUAUGAAAUUACAAAAACGUAAGAAAAUGAGAAUAAUAAGAAAAACAAUUAAGAGGAAACAAGCAGAUGAAAAAUUCAUAAUUAUUUUAAGCUAAAUAAAAA